UUGAAAGAGAAAGAACUUGAAUCAAAAACAACCAUUGAAAAGCUUCCAGACAGGGUUUUGCAAUUGAUAUUUUCAUAUUUGUCAGCGCAAGAAAAGCUACGGGUUAGUCAAGUUUGUCGAAAAUGGAAAUCUUUAGUCAAUCAACCAUCGUUAUGGCAAUUUGUAUCGUUCAGACCCAACUACGGUGGUUUACAGGUUGUAAACCAAGAAUAUUUUCAACGAUUAAUAGCAAGUCAAUUUACGGAACUUAAAAUUGCUGAAUUAGCUACAGAUUUAAUAACACCAAAUGUUCUUCAUGAAAUGGCUAACAAAUGCCAAAACCUUCACACACUAACCUUAGAUUUUUCAAAUGCGAUGCAACUUCACGAUUUUACUGAUCUUCAAAGUUUCCCCAGCAGACUUAUUUGCCUAAUUAUUUGUUUAAGUGAAAAUAUAUUCUUAGAAGGUUUCCUAAGAAAAGUUUAUACAUUUAUUGCGUCUGUUGAAAUUCUCCAUAUAAUUGGGACUUACGAAAAAGUAGAAGAUGAAGAAGAAGAAGUUUACGAAACUGUAAAUGUGCAUAAAAUGAAACAAUAUAUGCCUAAUUUACGAGUGGUCAAUUUCUGGGGAGUACCAUUCAUCACAGAUGAACACGUAGACGCUAUCUCAUCGAACUGCGCCCAUCUACAGUGCUUAUGCGUUAAUUAUUGCAACAAAGUAACCGGAGCUUGUCUCCGAUUGGCUUUACAGCGAUGCAGGAAACUUCGAUGCUUGUUUCUUGCUCAUGCUACGUUGGAUGACAAAGUUAUGCAAAGCGUUGAUUGGGAGAACAGUCGAAUUGAAGAGCUAAAUAUAUGUGGUACAGAAUUACUUACCGAAACUCUUAUUACUAUAUUAACCAAGUUGCGGCAUCUUCGGUGGCUUGAUGCAUCUUGGCUCGAAAAUAUGAAUGAUAGCGUACUGGAAGCAUGGAUGGCAACGGAAAAUAUGGAGAGUCUGCAGUACCUAAAUUUGGAUACAUGUGACUCAAUAAAUGAGGGUCCAUUAACAGAACUUAUAUCUAGGCAUGGACAUCACAUUUCUGCCCUUAAUCUCGGCGGUCAUCAUAAACUGCUAGAAUAUUUCUGGACUGGAAUGAUCCCAAAAUUGAGGAACAUUAAAACCCUUGUGAUGGGUAUUGCAGAGGAUUGUUGCCCAAAAGUUACUGCAAAAAUUCACAUAGAUCAGUUUAUUGAAUGUAUUGCUCAAAACUGUUCCAAACUUAAACGGCUGGAAAUUCGUUGGGACGACGAAACACUACGUUUUAGUGAUAAAUCUAGUAAAUUUAUUGAUAUUUUGCGAAUGAAGUGUCUGAAAUUACAUUCUGUAGUAUUAUCCGAUGGUCAGUAUUACGAACUAGUUAGAUCGAAUUUUGAACGGGCUGACAGAAGAUCCGUUGUUAGGACCACAGAAAUGUGUCGCACAGGCGUCAUGGAGUACUCCAAUUACUACAAUCAACUGUUAUUUAACUGA